GCUAGGAGGCGGUGUUGCCGCCGAAAGAUGGCGGCUUCCGAGAGGCGGGGUGUGUUGCUAUUUACCUCAUAAACGGACGAAUUUCCAGGGGUUUCAUCGUGCUCGCUGAAGACCGUCAAGUAUUUCAAGCCAUAUUGCAUAAAAGAAGGAGUACCUGUGCCAUUGUCGCGAGGCCGUUCAAUCGGAGGACGAGAGCACACGUGCUUUGACAUCUGCGGUUCCCUGUUAUGAAGAUGGAAGAUUAUGAAGAAUUCUGCAUGAAGCACUUGGCUCAUCUCCAAGGAGAAGGAAGGCCACAAUCCCCUGAUGCCUGCCAGCAGGCACGACUGUCCCUCAUCCAGUUCCAUGGAAUGGCAGUCCUAGCACCCGUGUUGACCUCAGACCAGCGCCAGGAAAUGACUCAGUACAGGCAACGCGCUGUGGAGCUCGAAAUGGAGAGGCAGGGAGUACGACGGAGUACGUUGUUGACUAGGGUUCAAAAAAUCCUUGACAGUGUGCAGGUCCGAAAAGGACCAAAAUCAGGAAAACAAGACUCCACUCCGGUUAGCUGCUCUUCAAAGUGUGAAACAAAGAAUGGCUUCACCCUCCUUCCUGAUAUGAACGGGCUGCCCAUAUCAAAAGUGGCUAGUGGAAGUUCUAGGACGUCUAAUGUGGAGCACACUACUGAACAGCAGCUUCAUUCUGCUGCAACGUAUGCUGAGAAGAAGUAUCCCCUCUCUGAAUCUUCCUGCCAAAGGCUGGAGCAGACGGAGGAUGUAAAGAAUACUGGUGUGAGCCUCCACAGCUUGCUGAGAAAGUCUCGGGAAUAUGUAGAAAUGGAACAGGGCCGCUGGGAGAGCCGAGCUGUCCAGAAGUCAAUUCACGGUGAAAGCCUUUCAGAUAAGGAGAAUGAGAACAGCAGUGCAACUGAGGACCCACAUGAAAAGAACUUGUUCUUUAUUCGUAAUAUGAACCAUGGCUGUGUCCCUGUUGGGCAAGAUUCACGGACCUCUUCCUUGCCUGGAAUGUCUGCCAUUCAUAAUCGAAGAGGAUCUGAUUCUGAUAGCUCAGAGUUGAUUUCUAUUCUGCCACGUAGCCUCACUGGCUCCUAUGCACGUCUGCCAAGUCCGGAGCCUAGUUUGAGCCCCAGAAUGCACCGCAGGCGCCCACGACCUCUGUCUGCAGGGAAUAUUGUCUUAACACAUCCAUUAAGUUGUACUGAACUUAGCCCUGCACCAGACAGAAUAUUGAAGAUACAACAAGAGGAGAGUCCUGUGCUUUCACAGUCCAGGCCUACAGUGCAGACUCCAGUGAGAGAAGCUGAGCUUACUGUGGCCCAGUCUACCAGUGAGGCAAUCAAAUUAAAGGCGAGUAACAAGAGACACAGCAGCUUAGGUAUUGGCAUGUGGGAAGACGAGGCUAGCAGCUUUGCCAAUUUCCAAGAGACUGCAGGUUUCCGCCAGCGCUCGCACACAAUUGACAAUCAUGGCUCACUUGGCAGCCUCAAGAAUGGAAAACAGUCUUCUGGAAUUUAUGGAAGUCUGCCGAGAAGGUCUCAGCCCCGACACUCCCCUGUCUUGCUCAAUAAAUCGUAUGAUGUAGAGAAUCCAUCACCCAUCCUUCUAAGGGCACAGCAAGGGUGCCCAGGAAUGAAAGAGGACCUGGACGUUACCAAGAGACGGCUAGACCUGGAUUCUCAAGGGACGGUUGAUUGUGAGGAUCAGGCAACCCAGGGCAACAAAGGAGAAGCAUUUGAGAGUGAGGUGAUAAUAAAGAGGCAGAUACUUGCUUUGGCAUCAGCAAGGCGUCGGAUGGAAGAGGAACAUGCAAUGCAGCUCUCGCUUCUGUUUGCUGAGCAGCAGAGAGAAAAAGAAAGGCUUCUGCAGGAAAUGGUAGAACAGGAAAGACACCUGAAAAAUGACAAGAGUGACCUAUCAGUUUCCAGUGAGAAGCACGAUGAAAUUCCAGCAGACUGGAGAGCAGUUAGUGAGAGCUGUCCAAGUCGAAUGACCCUACUACAAGAAGAGAUCAUGUCUGCCUGUAGCUCCGCUGGCAGUGGAUAUGUAGCCCAGCUCUGCCCUGGAUAUUCCUAUCCUGCCACUCAGUCACCUGCUCUGCUUUAUGGGCCGCAUAGAGGCAGCAAGUCUUACCAUCACAUAUCUCAGGCCAUUAGCCCAGAGCUUCAUCACAGGUUUUGUAAGCUGACCGCUCUGGUAAAGGGCUUUCUAACUCGCAGAUUGUUGGAGACUGAAAAGGUUAAGCAUCUACGCAAGACAAUUAAGGAUACUUUGGAGUUCAUUGGCACAUUCCUGAAUGAAGCACCACAGAAGAGAGGAGCCAUUUCUGCUCAAGAUCUUUCUCUGCAGGAGAGGGUCCUGGCACAGUUACGGGCUGCGCUCUUUGACAUACAUGACAUUUUCUUCUUGUUGCCACUCCACGAGAGGCUCGGGCUGCUGCAGCAGGAUCGCCAACUGCGCCAGGAAAGACGUCUGCGGGAACUGGAGAAAUCCAAGAAUGCACGGGAUAGAGUCACACUCUCAGCCGCCACCCAAAAAUUUCUUGACAGAAAGAAGCAAACAAGAAGUACAGAAAUGCCUGCUCCAGCCAAGAAAGUCCAGCCAAAGGUAAAAAGCCCACCUACUAAUCGAAUACUUCAGCCAAACCAGGGGCAAAACGCACCUCAACAGGGACAAUUGUGUCGACAAGGAAGCUUGUGCAGGAAGACCCCUGAAGAGCGAGUAAAGCGUUCAGAAGGCAUCAGGAAGCAGCAUUCAUUGGGAUAAACAUUGAAAACGCAUUGCUCCGCAUCAUCAUCUCACUCCCAAGAUAUCUGGCCUAGACAUUUUGUGAAAUGGCAUCAUCCUAUUACAACAGCUUGAUCUGGUCGAAAAGCGAGUCCUUAGCCCAGCAGAUGUGGCCUACACAUUUGCCUUCCAGCCUGUGUGCCUCUGCAAGUGAACGUAGUGUUUGAGAGCCAACGCCACCCAGCAUUGCCAAAUAUUAGCCAAACAGAAAGCUUACCCCCCACCCCAACUACCCUGAAGUGAUGCCAACUGUUUUCCUUGAUUGCUCUUCUACCAACCCUGAAGAAUAUUAAGCUGAUGAAGCCUUUUCAUGAAAAGCCACCGACGAGGCCGAACUUGAAGAUAUGCACUACGGUACAGUAAGUACAAACAGGACAUGGACUCCGCUGUCACCUAAAGAAUGUUGCCACUCUUCCUGAGCCUCAACUGCAACUUUGAGAAGGGGGAAAAUCCUCAAAUCCAGCACUUGUACCUGGGCUGCUCUGCACUGCCUUGUCUACACGUCCCAGUUGCUGUUUCAUGCCUUACUGUGCAGAGUCCCUGGUGCCACCCGCUAA